CCCCCCGCCGCCCUUGUUCCGGGACCCCUGGCUGCGCUUCUCCCAGACCCCCAUGCGGCGGAAGCGAUCUGGGAUAGCCCGAACUCACUGUUACCCUGAGGAAGCCGGAAGAGACCGGGAAGCGGGGGAGAGCAGCAGAGGGUGGCGGAGCCCUCCAUGCACGCCCAGGGAGACCAGGGAGAUAGAGGGAGCGAGGCUGAGUUAGCGAGGGAGCGCGGGUUAGGUGAGCUUGGGUGCGACUUGAGCUCGGGACUGGUGGGCCAGGCCCCCACGCCGGCGUCACACCCGGUCCGAAGAAGACAGGCGGACGCAUGGCCUCGUCAUUCCUGCCCUCGGGGGCCACCACGGGCGACAGUGGCGGAGAGCUGAGCUCGGGGGACGACUCCGGGGAUGUGGAAUCCCUCCAGAGCCCCGAGAUCGAGGCAUCCAGGAGCCUGGCAGAGCUGUUUGAGAAGGCUGCCGCGCACCUCCAAGGCCUGGUGCCAGUGGCCAGCAGGGAGCAGCUCUUGUAUCUGUAUGCCAGGUACAAGCAGGUCAAAGUUGGAAAUUGCAAUACACCUAAACCAAGCUUCUUUGACUUUGAAGGAAAGCAAAAAUGGGAAGCGUGGAAAGCGCUUGGUGAUUCAAGCCCCAGCCAAGCAAUGGAGGAAUAUAUUGCUGUCGUUAAAAAAUUGGAUCCAAGUUGGAAUCCUCAGUCACGAGAGAAGAAAGGAAAAGAAGCAAAUACAGGUUUUGGUGGGCCAGUUGUUAGUUCUCUGUAUCACGAAGAAAUCAUCAGGGAAGAAGACAAAGACAUAUUUGAUUACUGCAGGGAAAACAACAUUGGCCAUGUAACCAAAGUCAUCAAAACAAAAAACAUGGAUGUGAAUAUGAAGGAUGCAGAGGGCAGAACUCUACUCCAUUGGGCUUGUGAUCGAGGACAUAAGGAACUAGUAACAGUCUUGCUACAAUAUAGAGCUGAUAUUAACUGUCAGGACAAUGAAGGUCAAACAGCUCUACAUUAUGCUGCUGCCUGUGAGUUUUUGGACAUUGUGGAGCUGCUGCUCCAGUCCGGGGCCGACCCCACCCUCCGAGACCAGGACGGCUGCCUGCCAGAGGAGGUGACAGGGUGCAAAGCAGUUACUCUGAUGUUACAGCAGCACACGACAGGCAAGGCUUAAUCAAAAGACCGGAAAACUACAGUCGACAACAGCACAGGGCUCCAGUGGUGAAAGAAAACUGCAAAAAUGACACGUCUUUUGCCGUCCAUCUUUGGUAUAUAUUGGCUAAUAAAAUCAGUUGUGAGGAACUGAAA